AUGGUUUGCGGCGCUGCUCAGUCAUCCAUUGGUGGUCGCAGAAAAGCCCAGCGAUUGUUGUCUGCUCCAUGCCGCAAAAAGCUCUGGGGCAAGGUCAGGAAGCAUAUUGUCAAGCAGCAGAAAGGACGGAAGAGCAAGGUUCAUUCACCUACAAUCCAAGAGAAGGUCAAUAGCUUCCUGCUGCAAAAUGCCACAGUGACUGGCAAAUUGAUGAAAUGCCAAGGGGCAGUGCUCCCAGUCUACAAUUUGAAAUCCUCCCGUGGGAGGCUUUGGGCACGAAGUCCUGCCAUGCAGUCGCUUUUAAGCAGACCAGUGUGGUAUAAGCAUUUACGGGCGCACCAUGCAAACUUUGUGCGCCUGAAGUGCCGCACAGAUGUUUGCACCUUUUGCCACAAGUAUGACAAAGUCUUGCUGCCAGCCUUGCGGAAAGACCUUGCGUCUGCCCGGGGUGAAGUGGAAAGUGUGGAUGCCAAGUACUUCGAAUCGUUCGACAAGCAUUGGGAAAGCAUGAAGGCGCAGAACCGCACAGACCCUGAUGAUUGCUUGUCCCUGCAGCACGUGAAGUUUUUCAAGCUCUUCCUUGACAAAACCUCAGAUGAGCGGAGUCAAAAGGCAACUCCCUUGGGGACAGUGGCGUUCAGACAGCGGCUGAAGGAGGCGGAAGCCAAGGCCAGCCACAUGAUGGCAAACUACUUGGACGUUCUUGAGAGUUGCAGCCACCACUUUCAAACCGUCCAUCGGCAGCAUCAGCGCCGGGAGUUUCUAGAAGACCAACUGAGCAAGGACAGCAUUUUGGUGCAGUUAGACUUCAUGGAAAAUAUGUCAUGGCCGCUAGGCCCAGAAGAAGCUCAGGACUGGUUCUGGGCUACUUCAAGAGAGACAAUGACAACGCUUGGCUUCUAUGUGUGUCGCUGGAAAGGACGAGCCCUUUGCAAAGAGAACUAUCACUAUGUGUCACAAAUCCUGAACCAUGACUCCGCCUACGCGUGCCAAUGCUUGAACGACCUACUGCGCUCCUUGCCAACAGAUGGAGUCAAAGAAUUCCAUUGCUGGGCAGACUGCGGCCCGCAUUUUCGGAGCUAUGAGUUCCUGUGGAACUUGGUGGAGCACAUGAAGCUAGCUUUGGAAACUGGGGCAGCAGCUACUAUGUCUUUGGAUCCCCCACCGAAAGGACCAGCCUACUACAUUAAAGUUUUUGAGCCCGAGUCCAAGACAUUUUGCAAGAAAUUUGACACCGCUGGCCUCGAAUUGCAGAUUGAGUAUACAUACUGCCUCCUGUUAGAGAGGGCCAGAGCAGGGCAUGUCAGAGUUGUCAAUUAUGUAUUCUCAGACAGGGAGAGCGCCGGUAAAGCUGGGGUCACUGUGGGAAGAGCAGAGUGCACCAUACAGAAAUGCACCGAUGAGUGGCGGAGGUCUUUCCGUGCACAGCAGCCAGAAAAAAAUCCCUUGAAUGUCGCCUUGCUCCAGCGACGCUUGCACAAGCAGAGAACGUUUGCGGACAUUGGCCCUGUGAGUCGGAGAGACUCCCGCUUGGUGGAAUUGAGGAAGCGAGAAAAAAGAGCAGCCCACGCCAGAAGCAAAUACCUAAGGCAAAAGAGGGUGUUUGCUGUCAACCUCAAAGAGGAUUCGACCAGCUCAGAUGAGACUGACAGCUCUAGCUCCACAGAAUGA